GAUAUCACUCCGCAGUCCGCAGCCGUUCGAGCGAGGAAAAAUAAAUAGAAACCUGGGACGAAAUUCGCGCAUAGUUGGAAACCUGCAUUGAGCAAAAUCGCGGAAGGUCCUCGAUAGUCCGGCGAUGUUGCGAACGUGGUCGCUUUUGAGAAGACCUGUGUGUCAACUGCUCCAGAGGCAGAAUAAAUCUACCUUGGAUCAUGAUUGUGUCGUUCCGGCGGAAAACGACCGCAUGUAUGUCGCAUGGCAUCCAGAACGAGACAUCCCAUACGAGCACACGAAGCCGAUCAGUGCGACUCGCCGCGAGAUCACUGCGGCUGCAAUGAAUGACUCUACGCCUCUGAAUUUGCCGAAGGGCAAGCUCGUCUUCAAUAAUAUAAGAAACGAAGUCGAGUACCUGAAACGCUUGACCUACACCAAUAAACAUCGAUGGUUUACUCAACCGAAGGACAGACGACUAAAGCGGAGAGCUCACGAUCGGGACGGAUUGUAGAGAACUAAUAAAGUAUUUAGUGUGUUUCGGAGAAG